CGCGUCAUAAAUUGGUAGUCUUGCAGCCGCACUAUUCCGCCCCUCCAAUUUAUUGGUAAUAUCGGUCAAAAUCGGCGAGUCUAAUUGACCUUUGUGUCCACACUAACUCACACAUUUAAUCAGAUUGGCGAAAAAUUGUUUCCUUCUAGAUUGGUCUUACUUUUCUGAUCAAAUCGGUCGAUUCGACAUCCCGUCUAGACUGCUUUUAAACCGCAAUUAAUAAAACCUCGGUAAAACUUAACAGAAUUGAAUAAAAAUCUUUAUUGUAUUAAUCUAUUAACAGGAAAAUUUAUAAAAGAUGUAUAACUUAUUGUGCUUUUCGGGAUUUUUUUCUUGUGAGCUUUGUUUUGUCAUGGUUUUGGUCAACUCAACACUAUGCCAAUUGCCAACACUGAACUAAUCAAAAAGUUUAAACGUCAAAUACACGUCAAAAUCGUCUAUCUAAUCAUUUUCGCUAGCGAUUAUGGAGCGAAAUGGUUUUGUGUUUCGUAAUAAACACGUUAUGUUUACAACUGGUAUUAAAAGAGAAAACAAAAUUAACGAUAAAGACUUUUUAAUUGAGACAGAUGGCACAGUUUUAUUAGUCGUUACGUAUAAAUGAAACAGUUGUUUUGAUUCAAGCUUUAAAAUGGAUCCUGAGGAUCAGAGUUCAGAUUUCACGAGAGUUGUUGACUCUGUGAUGAGUUUAUUCAGUGAAGUGAUGAGCCGAGAUGCAGUCUGCGCAAUCGUGGAGCACUGUGGUGGGGACUUGACUGAAGCGAUUGAUAUCAUUGUCAACAUGUCAGAGGAUUCUUCUGUCAACGAAUUAUCAUAUAAUGUACCAACACCCAAUCAAAUUGGUGUUUCUUCACACAAUGUGGCGGUAAGUCCACUUGUCUCACCAAACCCACAGAAUACUGGAACCGUGGAACUCAUAAUUAAUGACACACAAAGUCUAUCUGUAUCAAGAAACCCACGAACUGCCAAUACGCUGGUAUUACAACCUGGAUUAUCAUAUUCUGGGGCGUCACAAACCAAAGGAGCUUACCCUAAACAGCUUCCUAAGCAAAGACCGAUCAACUCACAAAUAAGUAUAUGGACGCCACAAACAAAACAAAUCGUUGAAUACCACAAUAAAGGGAUUAGAACUUUGAUUUUAAUGAGAGGUCUACCUGGGAGUGGCAAGUCUUUCUUAGCACGGCAACUAGUUGAAACUAUGUGUCCAGGCAUGAAUUAUAAAUCAUUCUUAUUUAGCACCGACGACUUUUUCAUGCACAGGGGACGAUAUGAAUUUCAGAGGAACAUGCUCAGCGAGGCUCACCAAUGGAAUCAAAAUAGGGUUCAAGAAGCAUUUGGUCGCGGCGUAAGCCCCAUUUUCGUUGAUAAUACUAACGUGGAGAUACGGCACAUGGAGCCAUAUGUUAGGGCAGGAGUCCGGGGAGGUUAUAUAAUAGAGGUUUUGGAACCUAAUACUCCGUGGGCUAAAAAAGUUGGCCAUCUGGCUCGGAAAAAUUCCCACGAUGUCAACAUUUCGACUUUAAAACGACUAUUGGAUACCUUCCAACUUUGCCCGAGUGGUGCUUUUUUAAUACAAAUGUUUGGGUUAUCAUAUCCUGCAGAUAAAAUCCCUCCAGUAAUGAGAAAUAUUCCACCUGUUUUGAAACAAGAUCCACAAGAUGCUCCAUCUCCACAUCAAACACGUCAAAGCCAGGUUGAUUCGGCGAAGAGUCAGUCUGGCAAGGCAUUUGAAGUCAUGCAAAAUCUUCCUUAUGUUUUGAAGACUGACGCGAUUCAGCAGGAACUUCUUACUACAAGCCACAGCCAAGCAGACUGUGCUUCAAAUCAUGCAUACGUGAGUCCAACGUCAAAUGAGACACAUGCCGCUCCAACUCAGGCAAACUACUUAUCAUCUGCGCAACAAUGUUCACAUAUAGAACGUAUUAUAGAAACGCGGAUAGAAAACGAACAUGAAACAUCUGGUGAUAUUUCCUCUACAACCACUAAUGAUGCUGAAACAGCUCACGAUGACAAUGACCCAAUCACUAAAGUUGAGUUUGUAAAACUAGAAGACGUGCGAAAACAGUUAGAGCAACUUGAAAAACUAGAAGAUGAAUGGGAAAAUGGAGAUGCAUGGAAUGAUGAUUCAAAAUCAACAGUAAAAUCUCUUUCUGAAAAUGCUUCAGUGUUUGUUCCCAAACCACCUAGAAAUUCUGAACAUAAUUCUACAGGACUAGAUAGAUUUUUACCAUCUAGUUCCCAUUAUAAUGAUUGGUCAAAGAUUUCAAUGUUCAUGCCAUCAUGGACUGAAUGUCAAACUACUAGUUUACUGGACACACCAAAUGUUGAAGUAGUUAUGGAAACAAGUGGCACUAGUGUAGAAUUUGGAGACACUGACGUUAAUAAUACAAAUCUUAAAGUUCUUAUUGCUACACCAAGAGAUAUUAACUUUUACUACACGGGAUUAAAUGAAGAAAAGAUUCCUAAUAAACGAAUGUUGGACAAAAGCAGUAUGACCAAUGAUCACGAUCACAUCGCGAUGGAAACUGUUAGGUGCAAAAAUGAAGAGAAACACUUUAUCGCCUUUCGAAAACUGUUCAAGAAUAUAUCCAAAGUGGAAUUGAGAGACGUAUUUGACAAAUGUGUAGGCGAUGUAAACUGGGCUGUUGACAUUGUUUUAGACGGCAUGGCUAAUAAUCAAUUGCACACUAGUGCUGGAGAUAUUUCGGAUACAGAAGAUAUCGACGACGAACAGUGUGACUGUCUAGCAGCAUAUAACAUAAUACCAAACGUUAAUACGCAGCAGAAAUCAACUAUAGCUAAUCCAGAUCUAAGCCCAACUGGACUCGCACCAGGAAUAUCAGGACCUAGUACACCGAAAUUAAAAAAAGAGAAGAAUCUUUCGGAAUCCUCUAUACUGUUAAAACGUCAAAUAGAGCAAAACGUUGUUAUAUCUGACAGUCAUUACUCUGACCAUUGCCUCAAAAUAAGGAAAAUGCGCCGCGGUGAAGUGGACGAUGUUCAAGGAGGUGCACUUCAACAAGAAACAGAAGAUAGAGAAAGAGCCAGUCCUAUAGCUUCCACAUCAACUGCUGCCGAACCGGUAGCGGAGUCUUAUUUGAGUACUGAUGAUGAUGAUUCUCAAACCGCUUGCAGUGAUGACGGCGAAAGAGUUGUCAACGUUGAUUUGGGAACAGUCUUUAUUUCAGAGCUUGACCACAUGUUUGGCCGGAACGAUAUGCAAUACCCAGAUAACAUACUGACAAGGGUGAACAUGCCAGUUUCCUUGCUUAAUGAAAUUAACGCUCUUUGGAUAGAGUCGUUUAUGUAUCAAUUAGAUGAGCAGUCGCGCCAGUCGGAAAUAAUGCUACGUCAAGAUGAAGAAUUUGCGAGGCAGUUGGCUUUAAAAGAAGAACAAUUGGCCAAAGCGGGGCAAGAACCCGCCGUUCCAGACUUAAAAGACAUUAUGGACAUGGAACUAGCGCUGUCCAUUUAUAAGAAGGAGAUAACGGCAGAAUGGCGCAAUAAUGUGCCUAAUGAUUUAGCCGCUAGAAUGACGAGAGAGAAAUUGUACAAUUUGUUCCCUGACGUGAAUCCUGAAAUUCUCUCUGAACUUCUCAUGGCUCAUGACAAUAAUUUCCAGGCUACUGUUGAGGUAUUACUAUCAUCAACAGGCAAUGGCAAAAUACUGGAAGAAGAAAAUGGUGUAGCAAAAUUUAUAACUACAAAAGAACUGGAACGCCAUGAAAAGUUGAUCGAAGAACAAAAAAAGGCUCUGUCAGAAGUGGAGUGGCCCUUGCUACCCAAAGAUGACAAGGUCGAUAUGAACACGGUGCAGGAGUACCGAGCCAAAGCCAACGAACACUUGGAGCAGCGGAAUCUGUACCGACUGCGAGCCGAAAGCUACCUGGCGCGCAACAUGCCGCAGAUCGCCACAUACUACUCCGAUGUGGCGGUGUUGCAUAAGAAGAAGUUCGACCACGCUAACAGUUUAGCGGCUGCUUCCCUGAUGCAGGUUCACGCAGCAAAAAACAUCGACAAAUCCACAAUCGACCUUCACUUCAUGCGCGUACUCGAAGCCAAAGAAACGCUUGACUUGUUCCUAGACUCCCACAUUCGCAAGUUGCGAGAGUCGCAGACGAAGGGGCCGAGAUUCCACACUUUGUUCUUUAUAACGGGCAGGGGCUUGCACAGUCCCGGCGGGCCGGUGAUCAAGCCGGCCACCAAACGGAGGCUUCGGGAGAGGGGCAUAGCAUAUUCUGAACGCAACCCAGGCCUGCUGACGUCACGCGUGUGCGCCGAAGACAGGCUGACGCACGAGUUCCAAUAGUACUGGGUGUCUCCGUGCCGGGCCCGCGGCUGCCUGCACCGCGCCGCGCCGCUGCCGCCCUUCCUGUACGUCUACAGCCGCGUCGUCGGCCAGCCGUGCCCCUUCGACAGCGGGUACGUGCAUAUAUCCGUCCUGCUACCGGGCUUCAUGCUAAAUCACAAUCAGACUGUGUUCAGUUUUUGUGAUGAUCCCCCGGUUUUAGUGUGCACUACUAUUAUGCCGAUACCGGGCAGUUGGCUCGCUUUAUCUUAUACUUGGAUAGUGGAACGUAAUGGGGACCCGUUUAUUGUUAGUUCUGGACCGUAACAGAUAGCCCUUACGCUGUGAAUACCUACACUUCAUGAUCAGAAGACGAUUCAACUUGGGGCCCAUUUCUUGAACGAUAUUAAAUUAAUAUUAUCGUAUAUCGUAUGGGUUAACGACACACUAAUAAUAUUGCACCAAUACCAUUCGAGAAAUGGGCCCCAAGUAGAAACAAUAGUCUGAGGUGUUUAGAUUGUAAAUUCGAUGCCUGAAAGGUUUAAUAAUAAAAUGGCUCGAGGGUUCACAUUUCUUGAACUAACACAAAGUUUCAAUUUAUUCUAGUUUACAACACAAUGUCGCAUGCAAAGAUGCCGUUAGUUUUUAUCAAAAUCAAAUUAAUAAAAGACUAAAAUUAAUAAAAAAAUAGCUGUGACAUGUCGACGACGAUGUAUUUUUGUGUUGGAUUGUCAAGUGCCAACGGUUUAUUCGUGUUGACAAUGCCAAGAAACCUUGUUCGACCUGACAUGUACUAGUUGUCUGUGCUACCACUAAAUAACAUUUCGGCUGUUUUAAUACAACUGUUAUCUUGUAGGGUAUAAGAUUUUGAAUGUUGAGUAGUGAUGUGACCCCCAUCCUUAAGUGUUAUCGUAAUUAAAUGUUGCACAUACUACUACUACUACUACUACUAAUGGUAUCAGCGUCUAUUUCAGACGAUCUAUGGUGCAAUGUUCGAAACACAUCUUUUGUUGCACAUAAAAUACCUGAAAUGUGCUAAAACCUUCAUUAAACAAUUUAUUUUUUGUACCUUUAUAUGUGACCGCCAUAAGGACGAGUUUUGUUUGUGUGUAAGCGACAAAGCGGGACGUAUCGGCCGGUCAUAUAUUUUAAAUAUAUUUUAAAUAAAUAUAUAUUAUAAAGUA